CCCACCAUGGCCGACCUCGCCGCGCUCCUCGCCCCGCUGAGCCUCGCGCCGCGCGAGCACGCCGCCGCCGCCUCGCCGGCCGAGUGGGCCGCGGCGCUCGAGUCGCUCGGCGCGCCGCACACGCCGACAAAGACGCUGCUCUUCAAGCCCAAGGCGGCCGGCAAGACGGCCGAUGCGCCGCCGCUCGUGCUGCUCUUCGCCCACGCCGACACGCAGACGCCCAGCGGCGCGCUCGCCAAGCACCUCGGCUUCAAGGAGAUGCGUCUCGCCGCCGAAGACGCCAUGCGCGCCGCGCUCAAUGCCGGCAAGGAUGACAUCUCGCCGAUCUCGCUCACGUCUGCCAAUGCGCCCGGCGGCGCACAGCCCGUGCUGCUCGUGCUCGACUCGCGCCUGCAGGCGACGAGCGAUGCCGCGGCCCACGCGCGCUCGACGGCCUCGAGCGUGCUGAUUGGCGGCGCGCAGGUGCUGGAGUUCGCGCAAGCGGCGGGCGUCGAGAGCAAGGUGGUGGACUUUGAGGCGCUGGCGAGCGCUGCCCCGCCGGCCGCUGCGCCCAAGGCGGCUGCUGCGCCCAAGGCGCCCAAGGCCUCGGCUGCAGCGCUCCGCGAGGAGACGCGCAACCCCGACGCCGAGCUCAUCGGCAUCACGACGCUCAAGGCGGGCGACUUCAGCGACUGGUACCAGCAGGUGCUGCGCAAGGGCGACAUGCUCGACUACUACGACGUCAGCGGCUGCUACAUUCUCAAGCCGUGGAGCUACUUUGUGUGGCAGAGCAUCCAGACAUGGUUCGACGCCAAGAUCAAGGAGCUGGGCGUUGAGAACUGCUACUUCCCCAUGUUCGUCAGCUCCGACGUGCUCGAGCGCGAGAAGGACCACAUCGAGGGCUUCGCGCCCGAGGUCGCCUGGGUCACGCGCGCCGGCUCGUCGGAGCUCGAGAAGCCCGUGGCGAUCCGCCCGACGUCGGAGACGGUCAUGUACCCCUACUACGCCAAGUGGAUCCGCAGCCACCGCGACCUGCCGCUGAAGCUCAACCAGUGGAACAGCGUCGUGCGCUGGGAGUUCAAGCACCCGCAGCCGUUCCUGCGCACGCGCGAGUUCCUCUGGCAGGAGGGCCACACGGCGCACCUGACGCUCAAGGACGCCGACACCGAGGUGCGGCAGAUCCUCGAGUACUACCGGCGCGUAUACGAGGAGCUGCUGGCCGUGCCCGUCGUGCCCGGUGUCAAGUCGGAGAAGGAGAAGUUCGCCGGCGGCUACUACACGACGACGGUCGAGGGCUUCAUCCCCACGACGGGCCGCGGCAUCCAGGGCGGCACGUCGCACUGCCUCGGCCAGAACUUCUCCAAGAUGUUCAACAUUGCCGUCGAGGACCCGGCCGCGCCGCCGGAGCACCGCGGCAAGCCCGAGGGCAAGCUGCACGUCUGGCAGAACUCGUGGGGCCUGAGCACGCGCACCAUCGGCGUCAUGGUCAUGGUGCACGGCGACGACAAGGGCCUCGUGAUGCCGCCGCGCGUCUCGUCGAUCCAGGUCGUGGUCAUUCCGUGCGGCCUCAACGCCAAGAUGACGCCCAAGGAGCGGGACGUAAUCCUUGACGCCUGCGCCAACCUGGAGAAGACGCUCAAGGGCGCCGGCAUCCGCGCCAAGGCCGACCUGCGCGAGGGCUACAACCCGGGCUUCAAGUUUGCCGACUGGGAGAUGCGCGGUGUGCCGCUGCGUCUCGAGGUGGGCCCCAAGGACCUGGAGAAGUCGCAGGUCUUCUCCUGCCGCCGUGACGACGGCGCGCGCGCUGCCAUCCCGAGCGCUGAGCUGCUCGAGCGCGUGCCGAAGAUCCUCGACUCCAUCCACGACGACAUGUACCGCCGCGCCGACGACGAGUACCGCUCGCGCCGGCGCGUUGUGACGGAGUGGGCCGACUUCACGAAGAACCUGAACCAGAAGUGCCACGUGGUGAUCCCGUGGUGCGAGGUGGAGGCGUGCGAGGACGCCAUCAAGGACCGCAGUGCACGCGUCGCCGAGGAGGGCGAGGAGGUGGACGAGCGCGCGCCGUCGAUGGGCGCAAAGUCGCUCUGCAUUCCCUUCGACCAGGCGCAGUUCCCGAGCAUCGAGGGCCGCAAGUGCCCGCAGUGCGGCGUCGACGCCAAGCGGUGGACCAUGUUCGGCCGGAGCUACUGAUCUGGCCGCGAGGGGCUGCACACAUGCGAGAGCGGGGCAGCGCAGGGACAUAGAGAGCAUGUGAUGAACUAAUGAUACAGCUGAGGGGUGACGUGCGA